GGCAGCGCUCGGAGAUGGUGUGAGGGUUGUCGUCGCGGUGUUUUGAAAGGAGGAAGAAGGAGAGAGGAGUAGGGGCGGCAGUACGGAGGAGCGAGGGCGGUUUCUGUGGGCGAUUGAUGGGCAGCAAAUGUCGUUCAGCCAUCGCCAGGUCCGCUCCAAGCUCAGGCAACCGAGUUCGAAGGCAGCGAGGGGCGGGGAGUGGUAGUCGAGCUUCGUUCCGCGUAGCUGUGUGAGCGGGAGAGGUCGGGCGAAAUAUGAGGGGGGAAGUUAUGAAUUUUCAAGGAAAACCAGGUGAAGGGAAAGGACAGAGGAAUUGAGACUAAAAGUUCACGAAACUAAGAACCAGAUCUGAAUAUAUUCAUUGGAAAAAGAAACUUGGUUUUGGGGAUGUCUUUCUACAUAGCCAACAUUUGCUGCAGUGUGAAUGUAUGAUGGAGAUAAUAAUGUUAAAUAGGAAAUGAAGAUAGAGGGAUUGGCAAUAGAAAGGGGUAAUUGAUUAGAGGAGAGAGUUUAAGGAUGAGCAAAAUUCCUCCAAAUCGCCCAGGAAUUGUGUUUGCAGUGGGAGCCCGUUUGGAGGCCCAGGAUUAUCUGCAGAAAUGGUAUGCAUCACGAAUUGAAAAGAUUGACUAUGAGCAAGGAAAAAUGCUGAUCCACUUUGAGAGAUGGAGCCAUCGGUAUGAUGAAUGGAUUUACUGGGACAGUCAUCGUCUACGACCUCUUGAGGGGAACUCAGUACAAAAAGAAGCACUUAAAGAUGAGGAAGAGAUUAUAGAUUUCAAAAAAGGAGAUGAAGUUCUGGCUCGUUGGACAGAUUGUCGUUAUUAUCCUGCCAAAAUAGAAUACAUCAAUGAGGAGGGCACCUACACAGUGCAGUUUUAUGAUGGUGUUAUACGGUCUCUGAAGCGAAUACAUGUAAAGUCAAUGCCAGAAGAUGCCAAAGGGCAGGAUUGGUUAGCUCUUGUUAAAGCUGCUACAGCAGCUGCUGCCGCUGCAAAGAGUAAGCCAGUUGCUAAGCACCGAGUUAAUAAAGAAAAGGAGGAGAGAAAAAUGGGAAGAGGAUCCCAUUUCAAAAAGGAACGAAGGAUAUCAAAUGCUAAAGUAAAAGAGGAUGAAGCACAAAAAAAUCAAGAAGAACCUGUAACUGUUGAUAUCUCAGGAAACUCUGAGCCAUUGAUCCUUGAGCCAAAGCAGAAUUCCGCACAAGCAGAGACAUCAGGAACUAGGAAGAGGAAGGCCAGUGUUAUCUGUUCAUUUCAAGCAAAAAGAGCACGUCUCAACAAAAUCACAGGCCUUUUAGCGUCAAAAGCUGUGAGUGGUGAUGGUUCUGAAUUGCUAGAAGAUAGGAUUGGAAGCCACCCUGUGCCUGAUCAGCUGGUCCGCAAGAAUAUUGUCAAUAUUAAACCGGUCUGCAGUGCAAUAAAGCUGUUGCCCUCUCUUACCUCUGACCAGCUGAAGGCUGAAGUGAGCAGUGAUGAAUCCUGUCCUCUGAAUCAAAAAAGAGAUCCACUCUCUUCAACUCCAUCUGUGGUUAAACUCCAAACAGGGAAGACAAAGGCCGAGAAUCCAUCCUGGAACAUAAAGGCUUCAGAUCCUUCUCCUAUCCCAACUGUACCUCAGGGCAAGGAGUUCCACAAUAUACAAUUUCCUCAGACAUUACCCCCACCUCCACCUUCAGAUAUCCCUCAGACUGGAUCUGACAUUUGCCAGCAACCACAUGGAGGGUCCAGUUCCUUUGAGUUCAGUGACUUAGUGCCUCUUGACCUCUCCCAGAAUUCUAGGCACAAGAUCCCAGCAUCUGUUUCUUCUCUUCAACGCCAUGAUGAAGGACAAACAAUGAAACAUUCUAAAACAAUAACCAUGGCUGCUUCAUCAUCAGUAACUAAUGCCAAACAAAUGGAGGAUCCAUUAGCUCCCAAAGAAAUGGUCACAGAACUUGACUGCAACAAGUUCAAGUGCAUGUUUCCCAGGUGCUUCAAGACUUUUUCUAAGGCCAAAUUGCUAGAUUACCACAUGAAGUAUUACCACAGUGCAGAGAAAGGAUUUGACCCUAACGUCGGAUACCCGGAGAGCAGGAUGCAAACUCGUGCUACCUCUGUGGGAACACUAACAUCAAAAGAGGACAGCCUAGGGCUGAAGAGAGGAAGGCCAUUGCUAACCGUAACUUCACCACCGUCCCAUCUCCCUGCUUUGCAGCCAGAGAAGUCUGACGAUAUAUGCCUCAAAUCUUCCAAAGUCUGCAAGAAAAAGCGAUCAUCUGCAUCAUUCGGUACAGACGAAGCAGACACUCAUCCCAUACCCUCUGUGAAGGAGAAGAACACAGAGAUCGUGACUGAGAAGGUGGAUCGGAGAUGUGUUGACAGAGACAGAAAUGCAGAAGUUGGAAUAAAAACUGAAAAGAAGAUGAAGAAUGAAGAGAAGAGCUUAUUGCCUGGUAAAACAGAAAGUAAAGAGUAUAAAGACAAGGAACAUGAUGAACUAAAACAGCAGAGAAAGAAGAAGAAGAAAAAGAAAUUCAAGAACGAGUUGACAAACUGUGAAGGAUUCAAAUGUAUUUCUGAGAAAUCUUUGGAAAAAUGUUGCUCUCCUGUAAUGAAACCUGGAAGUUCUCUCACUUUGCGUAGUGGAUCAGUGGUGAAACCAGCAUAUUUAUCACCAAGAUCUCACCUGCCCUCUGGAUCAUUGCUGGAGCUGAACAUAGAUCAUGUAUCUCGAUCUGAAUCAUCUCUUUCUAAUGACGAGUCCUUUGAUGAUUCAUCAACGGAAAGUGCAUUAAUGAGUGAAGAUUAUGACCAGGAUCUGGACAACUCAAAUCCAGAGGAGUCUCAAGAGGAGGAUGAUAGCAAUGCAGUAGUCCGUUGUGUCUGUGAAAUGGAUAAAGAAAAUGGGUUCAUGAUUCAGUGUGAAGAGUGCCUUUGUUGGCAACACGGCAUCUGUAUGGGGUUACUGGAAGACAACAUUCCAGCCCAAUAUUUUUGCUACAUCUGUCGGGAUCCUCCAGGUCAGAGAUGGAGUGCCAAAUAUUGUUAUGAUAAAGAAUGGCUGAAAAAUGGAUAUAUGUAUGGUCUAUCAUUCUUGAAGGAGAAUUAUUCCCAGCAGAAUGCUAAGAAAAUAAUAUCAACGCACCAGCUCUUGGCUGAUGUUUAUAGUGUGACUGAAGUGCUCCAUGGCCUUCAACUGAAGAUUAAUAUUCUCCAGAGCAGAAAACACCCUGAUCUGCAUCUCUGGGCCCAGUCUCGCAUCAAAUCUACACAAGGCCAACCUACAGGAGAAAAGAUCAAAGAAUGUAUGGAUGGUCCCAAGAAGCCUGAAAAGGUCUACCACAAUCAGAGUCAUAAAGGCAGAUCAGAAGUCACCCAGAAAGUAGCAGGAACCUACAUCACCGAUGAGCACAGCUACCAGAAACCUCAGAGCUACAGCCUAGAAAAGAAGACUACAAUAGACCACAAAAGUUCAGAAGAUGAGGAAACCAGUAGAUCAGGGGACAAGAGUCCUGUGUUCAAGAGGACUGAAAGACAAAUGGUGCAGAAAGCGGAUAAUCCAUCUAAACAGGGGACUACUGACCUUAAAGAAACAUUUAUGAUUUUAAAUGAUGGCAACUGUGACAAGACAAUGGAAGAUGAACACAUCAACCCGCAAUUUCCAUGGCAGGUGAACCUACUGACUCACAUUGAGGCCGUGCAAAAUGAAGUCAAUAACAGAAUGGACCUUAUUGAGAAGGAGCUGGAUGGAUCCAGUGCUUUCCCAACGUAUAUGACAAAUAGACUCUUCUCGGGCUACCAGCUGGAUACAGGUGUUGCGUUCCCCAGAAGAGAUUGCAAUAAUCCAGAAAUCUGGGACUCAGCCCUCUGCACCAAUUCCUCAGUUCUGGAAAGCUGGCUGGACUUUUCCGGGGAUCUUGAACCACCAGAGCCACUUGCAAGACUUCCACAGCUGAAACGCCACAUCAAACAACUCCUGACGGAUUUGGGAAAAGUACAGCAAAUGGCUUGCUGCUGCUCUCUUUGAGAAGAAAAAUGAUUGAUCGAUAGGGAUGGGAGAGAGGAAUGUGGAAGGUGGAGCUACAUUAACUUUAACAGGCAUGUUGGAUGUGGGAGCAGCGGAUGAUGGCAAAGUAAUGGAGCGGGGUGAAAAUCACAUCUUGGAAACAGUAGAAACAUUGAGAAACAUCUUGGUAGACAGAAGAACAAGAAUACUACUAGCAUGUUUGAACCAAUAAAUGAGACGAAAAAAAUAUUGAACUUUUAGAUAUCUUUCAGUAUCAAGCUUUAGACACCUUCACUUUCAUUGACAGUUCUUGUUGGAAUAAGGUGACCCAAUGAUGUUGUGCAUAUCAUUCAAGGAGCAUCAAGGUCUCUGAUAAUGUGUUCACAUGCUCUUUCAUAACCUCUUAUGAAUUUGUUGGAGUUGUGGAAGAAGUUUUAGGUUGAUGAAAGAGCGGGAGGGGUCAACUGCAAUUGUUAUGCGAAUGCUAGAAGAAGAUCAGAUAUGCUGCUCAGGUCAGGUACUGACAGCUGACAGCUUCAUUGUCUGAUAUCAAUGAAAUAACACAGACAUGGGAGGACUGGAGUGAAAGGGAGAUAGUUUUAAAUCACUGAGCUGGUGUUCAUUAUAUUCUCGCGAUAGAUUGACUAAGUACAGAUUCAGACCACUUGCUGCAGGAUUAGUUGAGAAAGAAGUCAUUAUUAGAAGUAAUAACAUGGGAGUUAGCCUCUGUGCGAGUUCCCAGUGGUUAAACCUCAACCUCUUCUCUAUAUCAUACAACUGGUUAUUUGACGAGAAAAGUAAAGUAAGUAUUUGCUUAGAUUGCGAGCAAGGAAAGAUGAAGUAGUUCAACAUUUUCUGGCCUUUUACGAUUAAAGGAUAGAAGGCAGAAACAGCUUCAUUGAAGGUCAAGUACAAGAAUUGAUUGCUGAAUUUGACCAAUGAAUCAUUCAGUUCAGUAGCACUGUAUAACCACUGGAAUCUUGCUGGAUUUGUAAUGGCAAGUAAUUGAUAUUCUUUGCAGCAUCUUCAAUAUUUUGCACCCACCAGUGAUCUGAAAUGUGUUCUUAAAACUUUAUGAAACCCAAGGAUUUAAGUUUCUCUGUUGUACUCUAUGCAGUUGUUAACAGUAUACUAUGCAGAGCCUAAACCAAGAUGUUAAUUUUUGAGUACUCCCAGUCAAUUUCAGGUGUUCCAUCACUCUAGAACAAACGUUCACAAUUUCAAGUGAAGGUAAAAGCUACUCAUGAGCAGGUUAGGGAAUAUGUGAAGCAAAUUAAGUCGUCCUGCAGAUCUCCCAUCAUUCCUUCUCUCUUCCACUCCUGGACAGAGAGGCAAAAAAGCAAAAUACUUCUUGAGUUGGUGCAAAAUUUAAGGGUGUGGAAAAUAAGAGGAGUCAAGAAAAUACAUUAAAUUGUGGGCAGUGUAUUGUAAGGGUUUGAUGGUGAGUAGUUGUUGCACAAACAGCUAAUUAGUACCAGUACCUAUAAUCAUACUCUGUGUAGCAGUUUGCAUUCUAUUAAAACAAGUGUAUGAAAAAUAAUGUCAAUGCAAAUAGACUCAGCUUGUAAGCUGUUGCUGUGGUGGAGGGCCUCACUAUAUUUUUACUUGCCUAAAAUACUCAGCUGCUGUUGUUCAAAAGUAUGAAAUAUAAUAAAAAAAAAGAAUUGUACUAGGCAAAUAUAUUUGCCAAAAGAAUGUACGUUGACUCUAAAUGUAUACAUCAAAAAAGUGUAUAUUUGCCUUAAGUGUAUAAAAUUCUGGAAGCUUAAGUUCCCUUUUCAUUUCAUUUGUGUAUAAAACAUUAAACUGUGUUUUUCAUAGACAAUAAAUAUUU